AUGACAUCUCGACCAGACAGGUCCAGGGGAGUCAGUGGUGUCUUCUACCCCCUAGAGGGUCUUAAUGCCAUGGUGGGCUGCCUGGUGACCACACACCCCUCUCUGGUUCUACUCUGGUGCCAAGUCCUCCUCAUCAUCAACUACACCAACUACAGCUGGUGGACAGAGGUACACCAGACACCCAGGAGACAGAGUCUGUCCUGUACCAAGCUGCUGAGCCCUCAUUCCUCAGGAGGGGUGGAGGAGGAGAGACCAGAGGCCAGGCUGGCCAUGUGUAACAGAGAGAUCGUACGCAGGGGAGGACUCAUUCUCUUCUGUGACUACGUGUGUCAGAACCUGCACGACUCGGAGCACCUGACCUGGCUGAUCGUCAACCACGUCCGUGACCUCAUCGACCUUUCCCAUGAGCCUCCGGUGCAGGACUUCAUCAGCGCCGUUCACCGCAACUCGGCCGCCUCCGGACUGUUCAUACAGGCUAUACAGUCACGCUGUGACAACCUCUCCACUCCCACCAUGUUGAAGAAGACUCUCCAGUGUCUAGAAGGGAUCCACCUGUCCCAGUCUGGUUCUCUGUUGAUGCUCUACGUGGACAAACUGCUGAACACUCCUUUCAGAGUCCUGGCUCGUAUGGUUGAUACUCUGGCCUGCAGGAGGGUGGAAAUGCUGCUGGCUGAGACACUACAGAACAGUUUAGUCCAGCUGCCUGUGGAGGAACUGGACAGAAUCCAGGAAUACCUUCAGAUCAGUGGACUUGCUCAACGGCACCAGAGGUUCUACUCCCUGCUGGACAGGUUCCGAGCCACCGUUGCCGAGGACACCAACAGCCCCUCCCCUCCUGUGACAUCACACCCCCUGGAUGGGGAACCGCCACCUGCCCCUGAACUAGUCAAGGCUGACAAGGAGUGGUAUGUUGCCUUGGUGAUGUCCCAGUGCUGUCUCCGUGGUGACGGGUCGUUCCUGGAGACAACGGAACUCCUGACCAAACUACCUCCUGACGACCUCUCUACCAUCAUGACCUGCAAGGACUUCAACCUGUCUCUCCUCUGUCCGUGUCUGAGUCUGGGGGUUCAGAGGUUAACCCGGGGUCAGGGGUCGCUGCUAUUGGAGACGGCCCUGGCCGUGACCCUGGAUCAUCUGAGCGGGGUCACACAGCUACUUCCUGUUCCACACCAUUCCUUCCUGCCGCCGGUCAAACCUGACCCUGCCGAGCCCUACUGGGACAAACUGGCUGUCGUCUAUGGUGAGUCUGGACUCUACCCACGGGUGAUGUCUCUGUGUAGAGCGCUGUCUCAGUAUCUGCUGUGUGUGGGUCAGCUUCCUUCCCCUCUGCAAAUCCCUGAAGACAAACAACAUCUCAUCACCACCUUCACCACCAUGGCAACCGAGUUGGUGGUCUGGCGUGUUCUCCAGGACAGUGUUCCUCGGAGUGUUGACCUGCAGGGGGCGCUGUCCUGUCUGUGUCUGGCCCUGCAACAGCCCUGUGUCUGGAACACACUGUCUACAGCCCCGUACAAAACACACACCUGCUCUGUCAUACACUGUCUCCGACUACUCAUCACUGCAGUGGCAGUAGGUCCAGGUGACCAUCUCUUACAUCCAGGGAAGAAGAGAACCACCGGGUCAGACAGUGAUUCAGACCAGGUCCACUCUCCAAACACUGACAACGUGUGUGAGCGACAGUCGUGUGAGAUCAUGGCUGAGCUGGUGGAAGGUCUCCAGAGCGUUCUGUCUCUGGGUCACCAUAGAAACAGCGGAAUCCCAGCUUUCCUCACGCCGAUGCUCCGAAACAUCAUCAUCAGUCUGUCCAGACUACCGCUGGUCAACAGCUACACUAGAGUCCCUCCCCUGGUGUGGAAGCUGGGCUGGUCCCCUCGGCCGGGGGGAGAGUUCGGCACCACCCUUCCUGAGAUCCCUGUAGAGUUCCUGCAGGAGAAGGACGUGUUCAGGGAGUUCCUCUAUCGUAUCAACACACUGGGCUGGAGCAGUAGGACCCAGUUUGAAGAGACCUGGGCCACACUGCUAGGAGUUCUGGUCACUCAACCCAUCUCUAUGGACCAGGAGGAGGAGAGAGAACAGGAGGAGGACUUGGAGCGUACCCAGUUGAAUGUGUUAGCAGUCCAGGCCAUCACGUCUCUGGUUCUGAGUUCCAUGACUCUCCCUACUGCCGGAAACCCUACUGUCUCCUGUCUGGAACAACAGCCGAGAAACAAGACCCUUAAAGUCCUGGACACACGGUUUGGCAGGAAGUUGUCAGUGAUCAGAGGAGCCGUGGAGAGAGAGAUCCAGGCCAUGGUGUCGAAGAGAGACAACGUACACACACACCACCCCUACCACACCUGGGACCCUGUCCCCUCCCUGUCUGCUGUCUCACCAGCAGGUACACUGAUCAGCCAUGAGAAACUCCUGCUGCAGAUCAACACAGAGAGAGAGAUGGGAAACAUGGACUACAAACUGGGACAGGUGUCCAUCCAUUCUGUGUGGCUGGGGAACAACAACCCUCUGAGAGAGGAAGAGUGGGGUGAGGAUGAGGAAGAUGAGACUGAUACUCCGGCCCCCGCCUCUCUUCCUACCUCUCCUAUCAACUCCAGGAAGCAUCGUGCAGGUGUAGAUAUCCACUCCUGUUCUCAGUUCCUAUUGGAGCUAUACAGCCAGUGGCUCCUCCCCGGUUCCCCUAGCAACAGACGACACCCUGUUGUGCACAGACUAGUUUGAGGUGGUCACAGACUCUUGUUGGCGGUCUCUGACCUGUUCACGGAGCGUAACCAGUUUGACAUGAUGUUCACCACCCUGAUGGAGCUGCAGAAGAGUCAUCCUGCUGAAGAUGAGAUAAUGAACCAGUACCUGGUACCAGCUCUCUGUAAGGCUGCUGCUGUCCUGGGCAUGGACAAGGCCUGCGACUCUGAACCUGUGUGUCGGGUGUUGGAGCUGACCCUGCACAGCACCCACCUCCCCAGCCGUAUGGGAGCGCUGCACGGCCUGCUGUAUGUACUGGAGUGUGACCUGCUGGACGACACGGUGAAGCAGCUGAUUCCUGCCGUCUCAGACUACAUACUGAAUAACCUACGGGCCGUAGCACACUGUGUGAAUCUGCACAACCAGCAGCAUGUCUUGGUGAUGUGUGCUGUGGCCUUUUACAUGAUGGAGAACUACCCUCUGGAUGUAGGAGCCGAGUUUACUGCUGGGGUUAUACAGAUGUGUGGUGUGAUGGUAUCAGCCAGUGAAGACUCCACCCCCUCAGUGAUCUACCACUGUGUGUUGCGUGGGUUGGAGCGCCUCCUGCUGUCGGAGCAGCUGUCUCGUAUGGACGGAGAGACACUGGUUAAACUGAGUGUCGACCGGGUUAACAUGCCAAGCCCUCACAGAGCCAUGUCUGCACUGGGACUCAUGCUCACCUGCAUGUACACAGCGGUGCGUACCUCAGCGUCGGGGUCAGAGGUGAUGGGGUCAGAGGUUAGAGGUCAGGGGUCAGAGGUGACCUCGGGUCCUGUUGCUUUCUCCUCAGGCAAGGAGAAGGCCAGCCCUGGUCGCCCGGCCGGCGCUGUCGACCCUCAGGCCCCCGACAGCGAGUCUGUCAUCGUUGCCAUGGAGAGGGUAUCUGUGCUCUUCGACAGGGUCCGUAAGGGUUUACCCAGCGAGGCACGGGUGGUGGCCAGGAUUCUUCCGCAGUUCCUGGACGACUUCUUCCCUCCGCAGGACGUCAUGAACAAGGUCAUCGGAGAGUUCCUGUCCAAUCAGCAGCCUUACCCACAGUUCAUGGCUACUGUGGUCUACAAGGUGUUCCAGACCCUCCAUGCUACAGGCCAGUCCAGUAUGGUGACAGACUGGGUGUUACUGUCUCUGUCUAACUUCACCCAGAGAACCCCAGUUGCCAUGGCCAUGUGGAGUCUGUCUUGCUUCUUCAUCUCUGCCUCCACCUCCCAGUGGGUCUCUGCCCUCCUGCCCCAUGUCAUCAGCCGUAUGGGUAAGAGUGAGGUGGUGGACAUCAGCCUGUUCUGUCUGGUGGCCCUGGACUUCUACAGACACCAGCUGGAUGAAGAGUUGGACCGCAGAGCCUUCCAGUCUGUCUUCCAGACCGUGGCCUCGCCUGGCAACACCUAUCAGCAGCUACUGGACUGUCUGCAGAGUAUCCACCAAGACACAUCACUCUGAGAGAGAGAGAGAUGUAGCCCCUAUCACCAGACAUCACACA